AUCAGCCAAAAUUCUCAGUAAUCCACACUCCCAUCCCCCCAGCUUUACCCUCACCCUUUUUUUCAAAUUUCCCGCCUCCCCAGCGCUCCUGCGCCAAUCGAAAAAAUUAUCAGCUGUUCAAUACAAUAUGGAUGUGUAGUAGAGUUGGUGUUUGUUUGGAAUAGCAAGGUCAGCCUUUGUGUGAGAAAUAACAAGAAAGUUGGAGUAACAGCGAGUAAAUCCUCGAAUUAGUGUCGUAGAUUUAGUGGUUUUGUAUUGCAACGGUGUAAUCAUCACGUAGAACUCAUGAGUAAUAUAACGUCAUCGGAUUCUAAUGGGACUAAGAACUAUUUUGUAAACUACAACCAGGACAGCACCUCUCUAGUUGUCGGCAGCAAAAGCGGCUAUCGUCUCUACUCCCUAAACAACGUCGACGACUUAGAACUGAUCUACUCCAACGAUGUCGAGGAAACGUUCAUGGUCGAGCGCCUCUUCAGCAGCAGUCUGGUGGCGACCGUGGCGCUGUCGUCUCCCAGGAAGCUGAAAGUGUGCCAUUUCAAGAAGGGGACCGAAAUAUGCAACUAUUCCUAUUCAAACACUAUCCUGGCCGUACGCAUGAACAGGUCGCGACUGGUGGUCUGCCUGGAGGAGAGUCUCUACAUACACAACAUACGCGACAUGAAGGUGCUGCACACCAUCAGGGACACGCCGCCGAAUCCUCAAGGGCUCUGUGCGCUGAGCAUAAACCACGACAAUUGUUUGCUGGCGUAUCCGGGGUCGGCGACUAUAGGAGAAGUGCAGAUUUUCGAUGCCGACCACUUGCACGCCAAGACUAUGAUCCCCGCCCAUGACAGCCCGCUGGCGGCGCUAGCUUUCAGCCCGAGCGGCUCGAGGAUCGCCACCGCCUCGGAAAAGGGCACCGUGAUCCGGGUGUUCAAUUCGGCCGACGGACAAAAACUCUUCGAAUUUAGGAGAGGCGUGAAGCGUUGCGUUGACAUUUCGUGCUUGGCAUUCAGCACGUGUAGCAAUUACUUGUGUUGCAGCAGUAACACGGAAACGGUACACGUGUUUAAAUUCGAGGAGCCGAAGGACAGCCCGAGGCGUAACGUCGAGGAGAGCAGCUGGAUGGGGUAUCUUUCUUCGUAUUUGCCAACGCAGGUUACGGAUGUUUUCACUCAAGGCAGGGCCUUUGCUGCGGCCCAUCUGCCAACGCAGGGCGUCAGGAAUGUCAUCUCGAUCAUGACGGCCCAGAACCAGCUGAGAUUAUUGGUAGCAACCGAGGAAGCCAACCUCUACGUCUACAACGUGGACCCUAACGAAGGCGGCGACCUCACCCUAUACAAGCAGCUCCGAUUAAACGACUCUCGAGACUCAUCAAAAGGUACAACCACAACCGAACCACAAAGCAUCGACGGAGGCUCUGCCAUACUAGCUAGCUACGCCGGCAUCGUCAAGGGCAAUCCCGUGGGCCAAAUGUCAGGUACUGAGUCGGAGAAGCUGAGGGAGAUGGCAGCAGCGACGGAGUCGCCGCCAAAGGGACCGUUCCACUUCAACGACGACCAGGAAUACCCGCCCCUCACGCAGAACUCAGACUGAGGUCAGGACUCGAAGGAUCAAUAUUGCAAGUACCAGGUGAUGUUCGGUGUCAUUCUCCUGAUUCAUUUCAUCGUCAGGAUUAGCGAGGAUUUGAUUAUUUACUUGUUCAACUUGAACGGGUGACGUUUCUUUCAUUGUAGUAUUUCCGUUUUGAAAUUUUUGUUUCAAGUAUUGUCAUGCCCAAAGUUUGUUUCAUUUCAUUACUGUAAGUUGCAAGAACAAAGCUCGUGUGUAUUUGUUGACGCGUUUUUAUUUAUCAUUUGUACAGGGUGUGCAAGAAACGCUCGUUUAGCAUUUUUUGUUCAGUCGAUUGUUUCUUGCUUGGACGCUCUGUGGGUAAUUAAUAAGUGAAAUCCAUAUCAAUCACUACACUAGUGUAAUUUUUUUGUAUGUUAUUCCUAAGUAAAUUAUUUUGCAAUUUCUUUAACUUAAGGUUUCUUUUACGAACCAGCCUGUUUUCUUUUUGGGUGUUUUACGUAAACAGAAAUGUGCUUGGUGUCGCUCGUUACACAGCCACGCUUGCGCAGUCAUUUUUCUGUUUAAGUAAAAUUCAACUUAGUGGAAAUUAUAAUUUAUUAAAUGUACUGUAAGGACCGAGUCAUGGUUUAACCCUUAUUUUUUUACACAUGAGGGUAUGUCUUGGGUUUGUUGCAGUAGAUUUCAAUUAUCAAAUUAUUUGCGCACAUUGUGCUGUGUACAUAAUAGGUUUAAGCGUGAUAGAGUGUUUAUAAAAACUGUGACUAGUAUGAUAAGGACAGAUAUUGUUAUUGAACGAAUGAAAGUGUGAUACAAUAAUAAUCAUUUCAUGGAUAAA